AUGUCGUGUUUAUCAAGGCAUUUUCACUUAAUUCUUAUUUUCGGUAGUUUUUAUUUUCUCACUUGGGCACAAGAAGUGGAAAAUGAGUUCCUGUUUAAUGUUCAGGACACAAAAAUUGAAAUUGGAAAGAAUGAAUCCAUUAUCCUGAAGACAACAAAGCCUUUAUCUCAAGCUGUUCAUAUUUCUUUCAACUAUCAAAUUGGUAAAGAAAUUAAAAAACAUUUUUCUGAUAAUCUGAUUGAUGAAUUAGAAAAUGUGACAUUCUUCCCAACAAAUGGCACAUCCCAUACUACUCUGUAUGUUCAUGCUAAAUCAGCAGGCCAUCUUAUCAUUGGAGUAAACAAUGUUUCUAAUUUCCAAACAAAAAAUGCCUUUGUCCGUGUUACCAUUGAACAUAGUGCAAUUCUGAACAUCAUCACCUCUGUUAUUGGCUGGUUUUACUUUGUGGCAUGGUCUGUCUCUUUUUAUCCACAGGUCUUCCUCAAUUAUGCUCGUAAAAGUGUUAUUGGAUUGAAUUUUGAUUUUCUGGCAUAUAACAUAACUGGUUUCAUUGCGUAUAGUGUCUUCAAUGUAGGCAUGUACUGGAUUUCCAGCAUUGAGAACGAGUAUUUUAAAACUAAUCCUCGUGGUGUUAACCCUGUUCAACUAAAUGAUGUCAUCUUUGCUCUUCAUGCAACUAUUGUUACUGUUUUGAUCAUUGUUCAGACUUUUAUUUAUGAAAAAGGUGCACAGAAAAUUUCUAAUAUCUGCAAGAUCAUUUUUUCUGGCAUGUGGCUGUUUUCUUUCAUCACACUUAUUCUAGCUUUUGUACAUGUGUUGACUUGGUUCCAAUUUGUCUUCUACCUUUCCUAUGUCAAGCUUUUAGUGACUCUCAUUAAAUAUGUCCCACAGGUGCACAUGAAUUGCAAACGCAAAAGUACAGUGGGAUGGAGUAUAUGGAAUGUUCUUCUAGAUUUCCUUGGUGGGGCUCUCAGUAUAUUACAGAUGUUUUUACUUGCUUAUAACAAUGAUGAUUGGGAUUCAAUCUUUGGGGACCCAACUAAAUUUGGUUUAGGUGUUUUCUCAAUUAUGUUUGAUCUCAUAUUUAUGUUGCAACAUUAUGUGCUCUAUCGUGAGGCAAGUUAUGUUCAAUUACCUGAAACUGAAGAAAAUUUUCAGUCAUGA